CCCAUCAAAAGUCAUUUAUUUUCUUCAAGUUUCAACUACUAAACAAUAAAAUAUAAUAAUAAAUUAUAAUGAGCUCGUUUAAUAAUAAUAAUAAUAAUAAUAAAUGUAAAGAGAGAAGAGGGUGGAAGAGGCGGUGGUGGUUCUCUUCUCUUCUCAGACGAACCCCAAUCCCAAUACCAGUCCCAGUCCCAGUCCCAAUCCCAGUCCCAAUUGGAGACGGUGGCAGCUUCUAAUCUCUCUAUUUGGGCUUUUGCUUCAGAAUUGAGAGUUGAUACCAAGUCCGAAGAGAAAUGGAGCCCAUCAAUUCCGAUGUUGAUGAAUUUAAGACUUGUGUAGACGAUAUAUACUCACAGGUUGAUAAGCUUGAGAAAACUGUCAAUGAGGUUGAACAGUUCUACUCAGCUCCAGCUACUACUGCUAAUAAAGGUAGCAGCUCAAUUGUGAAGGAGAAGGACAAAGACAAAGACAAAGAUAAAGAUAAGCUCUUGUUGACUACUCCUCUUAACAUCUACCACCUCCAAGAGUCAUCUCAAAGGGAAGCCACUGCUUCUAAGAGAAUGCAAGAACUUAUGCGCCACUUCGCUUUAAUUUUCCGUCAGAUUACUCAGCACAAGUGGGCAUGGCCCUUUUUGGAACCUGUAGAUGUUGAAGGUCUGAAUUUGGUUGACUACUAUGAGGUUAUUGAGAAGCCUAUGGACUUUGGUACAAUAAAAACUAAAAUGGAGACUAAAGAUGGUACUGGAUAUAAGAAUGUCCGAGAGAUAUACGCGGAUGUGAGGUUGGUUUUUAAGAAUGCAAUGAAAUACAAUGAUGAAAAAGAUGAUGUCCAUGUGAUGGCCAAAACUUUGUUGGAGAAAUUCGAAGAAAAAUGGCUGCAGCUUUUGCCUAAAGUUGCUGAAGAGGAAAAGAAACGAGAAGAGGAGGAAGCGAAGGCAUUAUUAGACAUGAAGCUUACUCGGGAGGCUGCAUAUGCGAACAUGGCUAAGGAUACAAGUACUAAGCUUCAUGAGAUAGACAUCCAAUUGAGGGAGCUGAAAGAAAGGGUGGUCCAGAAGUGCCGGAGAAUGUCCACUGAGGAGAAACGUAAACUCGGAACUGCUCUUACCCGUUUGUCUCCCGAGGAUAUCAGCAAGGCACUGGAGAUAGUAGCUGAGAAUAACCCAAACUUCCAAGCAACUGCUCAAGAAGUAGAUCUUGACAUUGAUGCCCAGAGUGAAUACACGUUAUGGAGGUUAAAAGUUUUUGUGAAAGAAGCACUCAAAAUUCAGGGAAAUAAUGCUAGUAACAACAAUGUCACCAACAAUAACAAGGACGACAACAAAAAGAACAACUCUAAACGAAGAAGAGAGAUAUGUGAUGCCCUUGCAAAGUCUAAAAGGACAAAAAAGCUUUCUAAUUUGUGAUAUAUGUUUAUAGCUAUAUAACCCAUAUUAUUGUGUAUUAAUUCGACCUGGUAGCUGUUGGAAUGCACAUUUAUCUUGUUGAGUUACUAACCUUUCUGAGAGAAAUGUAAGUAAUAGUAUGUGCAGGCAUUGAAAUUAAUUCUCUGUUGUUUUAACA